AUGGUCAAGAGCGAUGAAGAAGCAAUAAGACAUAUGAUGACGGCAGACGGCACGUUCCAGAGUCUAAGAAGCGCGAUAUUCGAUGGCCAGGAGUGGCUGGCGACAGGGGAGUUUGAGGAUCUGCUUCGCCAGCUUGAACUGCAGAAGCAGGCGCACCAAAAUGAUAAACAACACAAUCUCCGGCAGAUUGAGCAGCUCCGGACGGAAUUGGCAGGCCUCGAUGAAGUGGUCGACGAGAAAUCGCGCGAGUUUCAAGAAAUCCAAGCGAAAUUUGCCAACAAACAAAAGCUUGACCAGCGGAUCGCCGACCUGGACCGCACCCGGCGAAUGAUGUCCAACGGAAAGGAGAUUGUUGCCUUGCUCAAUCAAACUCGGAGCCAGGAGCUCGAGAAGAUCUCCAAUUUACAGCAGCAGGUUGCGACUCUGCAGGCUCAGAGCGAGGCACUGACAGCCCAAGUCCAGGAGCGCACCGAACGAUUUGAGUCGCUGGCGACCCAGAUCAGCGAGUUCCGGGCGCUGGUGGAGUCCAUGAGCCCCGAGCCUGUGGUGAAAAAGUCAAGGAAAUGA